AUGUGUGACCAGCAGAAGCAGCCACAAUUCUUUCCAUCUUGUGUGAAAGGUUCGGGACUGGGGGCUGGGCAAGGUACCACAGGUGCCUUGGUGACAGGCCCAGCUCCAAGCCAGACCCAAGUCGUCUCUGUGACAGGCCCUGCUCCAGCCCCCGCUGCCCCAGGCCUCGCUGUAGGCCCCGCUCCAGGCCUCGCUCUAGGCCCCGCUCCAGCCUCUGCUCAAACCUAUGUGAGGUACCAAGUUCCAUGCCAGACUAAAACUUACGUGAAAUGCCCGGCUCCCUGCCAGACGUAUGUGAAGUGCCCAGUUCCAUGCCAGACUAAAACUUACGUGAAAUGCCCGGCUCCCUGCCAGACGUAUGUGAAGUGCCCAGUUCCAUGCCAGACAACCUACGUGAAAUGCCCAGCUCCCUGCCAGACAUACGUGAAGUGCCCACCUCCAUGCCAGACGACGUAUGUGAAAUGCCCGGCUCCCUGCCAGACCCAGACCCAGACAUAUUAUGUCCAGUACCCUUCUUCUUCUCAGAGCUACUACGUUCAAGCUCCUGCAGGUGGCUCAGCCAGCCUGUCCUGUGCCCCUGACCCAUGCUCUGCACCGUGCUCCACCAGCUACUGCUGCCUGGCUCCCCGGACCUUCGGGGUGAGUCCCCUGAGACGCUGGAUCCAGCGGCCCCAGGGCUGCAACACGGGAUCAUCUGGUUGCUGUGAGAGUUCCGGCUGCUGCGGCUCCGGAGGCUGCAGUUCUGGCUGUGGGUGUGGCAGCUCCGGGUGCUGUGGCUCCGGGGGGUGCUGCUGUUUGGGAAUCAUCCCCAUGAGGUCCCGAGGUCCUGCAUGCUGCGACCACGAGGAUGACUGCUGUUGUUAAAACACAGGACAGCCCCGCUCCAGAAUUCGCUGUCCUGCUGCUAUGCCUUCCGGCACAUCCACCAGCCUCUGGCCCCUC